AUAUCCGGUCCUGCCAGGCCCCGCCCCCAGACCGUCCCAGACAUCCUGCCCGGCGGGCGUCAUGGCGCUGUGCGAAGCCGCAGCUUGCGGGAGCGCCUUGUACUGGCCGCGGGUGUUCCUCUUCGGAGACUCCAUCACCCAGUUUUCUUUCCAGCAGGGUGGAUGGGGAGCAUCACUGGCUGACAAGCUGGCCAGUGUUUGGGGGUAAUCCUGGCUCAGUGCUCAGGAAGCAGCAGCCUUGCGGCAGGGGCAUCGAAUUCACAUCUCCCACAGGUUACAAUACCAGAUGGGCCAAAAUUAUCCUUCCAAGACUCAUCAGGAAAGGGAACAGUUUGGACAACCCAGUGGCAGUAACGGUUUUCUUUGGGGCUAAUGACAGUGCGCUAAAAGAGGAGAACCCCAAGCAGCACAUCCCCCUGGAUGAGUACAUUGAGAAUCUGAAGAGUAUGGUGCAGUACCUGAAGUCCAUGGAUAUUCCCAAGAGGAGGAUCAUUCUCAUUACGCCACCCCCCCUCUGUGAGACCGCAUGGGAAAAGGAGUGUCGCAUGCAAGGUUGCAAAUUGAAUCGCCUAAACUCUGUAGUUGGAGAAUAUGCUAGUGCCUGUUUACAAGUAGCCCAAGACUGUGGUACUGAUGCACUUGACUUGUGGACCCUGAUGCAGAAGGAGAGUCAGGACUUUUCAUCCUACUUGUCAGAUGGACUACACUUGUCACCAAAGGGAAAUGAGUUUUUGUUCUCCCAUCUUUGGCCUUUGAUAGAGAAUAAAGUCUCCUCCCUGCCGUUGCUGCUGCCGUACUGGCGGGACGUAGCAGAAGCUAAACCGGAACUCAGUCUCCUGGGAGAUGGGGACCAUUAGCUGCAGCAAGCCAUGUCUGGUUCCAAUUCUCAUUGGCAAGCUUAACUUCAAUGCAGAAAGAUCUUGGCUAAGAAUCACGAAUGUUUUCUUCUUACCCUGGACCAAAAACACUGGCAUCUGUCACCAAGACUAAUAAAAUCAUUAGUGUUUUUCGGCAAAGUUUUGAUAUUAAACAUUUAUUGAUGGA